GCUUUGCCUGAAGCCCCUAAGACCCCGCUUCCAGCUGAGCCUUCGCAUGAGGCUGCCGCGAUUCCGCCUGAGCCACCUGCAAACCCUCCAGGAGAGACAUAUCUUGAUGACCUUGAUGGUGAGGAGUUGGAGGACACCGUGGGUGAGUCGGGAGAUAUCUACUCGGCGAAGGACCUCAAGAAUAUGAAAGAAGAUGAUAUCAUCCGCUUGGUGCAUGAGGGCAUGAUCCCCAUCCACUUGAUCAACACCAGCAACUGCAGAAAACUCGCUAUGAAAAUGAACAGACGCAUGGAAGCGCAGGAUGCUGUGAACUUUCCCAACUGCCUCAAACUCUUUGAGGGCAGCAAUGAUGACCGCAAAAAGCUCUUGCGGCAGUUCUUGCUGGAUCAUCGCAACCUUGAGAAGAUGGAACACCAGUUCGAUUUGGCAAGAACCAAUGAAAAGGAGCAAAAGGGUGUGGAGGAAUUGCUCACUAUUGAGGGCAUGCGCAAAGCAGGUGUCAGUGAGCAAAAGAUCAAACGAAUUGUGGCGACAAAGAAGCCGGUCUUGGAUGAAGAGUACCCGGACCUGAUGGAAGAAGCGCGCUGGUGGGUGAAUGUGUCUACAACGCGCAGUCAGUCCGACAGGAUCACCACCACUUUGUCGGCGUCUGCUGCUGUGAAGGGAGGUGCAGAUGUUGCCAACCUUCUGUCUUCAGAUCUGCAAGGACCAAAGCAAACAUUGGCGCCCGUGAACGCAGACCAGUUGACCCAAAUGCUGGCCCUGACCAAUGCUCCU